AUGAGGUCCUGCUCCGAGGGUGGCCCCCACGCCUGGGGACACAACGGCAUCGGUGCCGUCAUGCAAGACGUCUUUGGCUCACCCUCGGACCCCGUCUUCUGGCUCCACCACGCCUUCCUCGACCGCAACUUCCGCAUCUGGACAAACGCCAACUCUGCCCGUCUCAACACCAUCAAUGGAAACGACGUCUCGGGCCGUCCGAUUACCCUCGACACCACCCUCAACGUCUACGAUUUCCGCCCCACUGUCCGUGUAAGGGACGUCAUGGAUACCACGGCCACGACUUUGUGCUAUAGGUACAAUUACUGA